UCCCGCCCGCCCAUCUCGCCAUCCGACGGCCACGGAGCCGCGCAGGGCAGGCGACCGCAAAAAAGGCCGACCACGAGCGCACCACACACGGGGACGGGGGGACGCCCCGACGACUCCACCCAUCAAAAGGGGGGCCGCGCGAGCCGAGCGAGCAGCAACUCCAAGCUAGGCAGCACACAACCCUCUCCACCCCCAGCAAUCCACCCCUUUCCCCUCCCCGGCGGAUUCCCACCCCUCCCGAGCUCGGCAAUGGCAAACGCAUCAUCCGGAGCUGGGAUCCAUGAUGACUGCAAGCUGAGGUUUGUGGAGCUCAAGUCCAAGAGGAUGCACCGCUUCAUAACCUACAGGCUGGAGAACCAGAAGGAGGUCAUUGUGGACCAAACUGGGGAGCGCGAGGCCACCUAUGAGGACUUCACCAAGACCCUCCCUGAGAAUGACUGCCGAUUCGCGGUGUUCGACUUCGACUUCACCACCCCGGAGGAUGUGCCAAAGAGCAGGAUCUUCUAUAUCUUCUGGUCCCCGGACACCGCAAAGGUGAGGAGCAAGAUGACGUACGCGAGCACCAACGAGAAGUUCAAGAGGACCCUGGACGGCAUCCAGAUCGAGAUGCAGGCCACUGACCCCAGCGAAAUCAGCCUGGACGUGAUCAAGGAGCGCGCGCACUAAGGCAAAUCAUCCCAAUGCCUCGCAAUAUGGAUUUAUGUCAAAUAUAGAUUUGGCGGUGUGACUCUUGAAACUUUCUUGAUGAUUUGUGGCUUUGUUACCGUGUCGAAAGGCCCUCCUCCCGUGGUCCGUGUGACCACGGAGGGCUUGCUCUAUCAUGUAAUCUGUUCUUUUUCUUCUGCCCAUUUAUAUGCCGGGCCUUAUGCUGCUGCACUGCACUGUUCCUCCAAGUUACGGUUAUAAAUAAUUAAAUGUUCUGUUUGGAUUCGUCA